CAUGGCUCAGCAGAAUCCAGAAGCGAGGGUGUGGUACGUAAUGACUGCACCAGCGGUGGAAGUGAAGGAUGGCCUGCCUCCUCGUCUGCUACAACAGUACACCAACCUGCGGGUGGUCACCACUGACCUGGGGAAGGUCUUCUCCAACACCCCUCUCAUGCCUCUUUACACUUCCAGGACCUGGAACAGAAACACCACAUGGCCUGCGGUCAACCUAAGCGACAUGGUGAGGCUGGCGUUGGUGUGGAGAGCUGGGGGCUUCUACAGCGACACCGACGUUGUGUGCAUUUCCUCCCUGGCCGCCCUCAGGAACGUGGUGGGUUUUCAGUCCAACAACGAGGUCAAUGGCGGUAUUUUCCACUUUGAUCGCCACCAUAAUCUUCUGCUGCAUGUUAUGAAUCGCUUUAGCCAAGAUUUUAAUGCCAAUGACUGGGGUAAUAACGGCCCUGUGCUGUUAACGCGAACACUGAAAGAGGCGUGUGAAAGGCCAAAGCUGGCACCAGGAGAUCAGUGUCAUGGUGUGCAUCUCCUCUCCUGGAAAGCCUUUUACCCAGUGCCGCCUGGGAAGUGGCGAUUUCCAUUCCUUCCCAGAAAGGGAACAAUCAAUUUUACAGAGGUUUUCCCAGAUUCUUACGUAAUUCACAUGUGGAAUAAGAUGAGUCACCUCCAGCCAAUCUUCAAGGAUUCGGGGAGCAUCUACGAUGUCGCAGCCAAAUCCUUCUGUCCAGUCACCAGAGCCGUCGCUACUGCACACUCCAGCCUGUACUGA